AUGCUGCUGCGUGGAGUAUCUGUACUCCCUCUCUGCCUAACCCCAACCUACUCUCUUCCCAACCCCUCCCCUUCCCCACUUUCUCCCUGUGCAUGCGUGGCUGGUGGGCGGCAGCAGGGUGGCCAUAGACGGGACAUCAUCAGCAGGACUGUUCACUCACUCCACCAUACCAAACCGCUGCACCCUACUCUCUGCCCCACCAAACACUCACUUCCCCCCUCCCUCUCCCCUCUCCCCCAGAUGCGACCAGGGGUGGUGGAAGGCUCUAAGGUGGAUGGCGCUAAGGUGCGGCAGCAGGGUGGCCAAAGUUGGGUCAUCAGCAGCAGGAAGGCUGUUCGUUUCACCACCCUCUCUGCUUCCACAUGCCGCAACUGCUUCCUGUCUGCCUACUCACUCCCAUCUGUCUCCCCUCCAUCUUCCCCGCUAGGUGCGUGCAGGGCUGGUGGGUGGCACUCGGGUGGCCAUAGGCGGGCCAUCAGCAGGAAGGCUGUGUGUGCAGGGCUGGUGGACGGCACUAAGGUGCGUGCAGGGCUGGUGUACGGCACUAAGGUGGCCAUAGACGGGUCAUCAGCAGGAGGCUUCACCACCCUCUCGGCUCUCACCUUCCGCUCUAACUUCAAGGCCGGAUGCUCCUUGUACAGGGCCCGGGCCAUGCACGCUGCAGUGAAGGCCAAGGGUCUGCCAGUGGCGCUUGUGGAGUUCCCAGAUGAAGACCACGGCUUCAGGAAUGCGGACAACAUCAAGGCAGCUCUGGAAAUGGAACAUGAGUUCUUCUGCCGUGUCUUGCUCAAUCUGCCUCUUCCUUCCGACAAGAAGCGGCUGACAAUCGACAAUGUUGAUAACGACACUUAG